GUCUCACAGCUGUCUUUCUACCGUAAAAAGUUGUGAGAUCCAUGUAAUACCAAGUCGGUUAAUAAUAUUUAGUCUCAACUUAAAGGACCUUCUGCCAUAAGUUUUACAUAAGUUAUUAUCAUGCCAAUAUUAAACAUAUUUAACGUUUUAAACAAAUAGAUCGACUUGGACAUCGGACUUGGACUUUACUUUUUUUAUAGAAUGUUUUUGAUGGCAUACGUUUUACAUCACACCGUCCUUGUUUCGUUAUCAUCCUCAGAUAACAUAAUCAUUAGCAAUUACUUCAGUUCAAUCAGUUUGCCUUUCUUGUUAGUUCAUGGAACUGAAUAACAUUAUCAAAAAGAACAACAACGAGGUACGUGAACAUUAUUGGAAAUCGUUGUGUUGUGAUAGGUGGUGCUUCGGUGUGAUUUCAUUUUAAUAACAUUUUUAAAAUACAACUUUGGCGUUAAAAAGUAUUUCUGUAACGAACAACAUAAUACUGUAAAUUUAACAGAAAAAAGGGAUAAUACGCUUGAUUCCUUUUCAAAGGAUUUUCUGCACUGAAGAGGCUUAUGUUUAAUAAAUAAAUAAAUAAAUCACAUCAUGGUCCAUUCAUCAGAGGCAUCUGGAAAUCUGAAAAAUGGUGUGAUAGAUUUCACUGCUGGUUCUUUAGGUGGGAUUGCAGUUGUUUAUGUUGGACAACCAUUAGACACUGUGAAAGUAAAGAUGCAAACAUUCCCUCAUCUUUACAAAGGCAUGUUGGACUGCCUUAAACAAACCCUGCGAAAUGACGGUAUUGUCCGUGGUUUGUAUGCAGGCACAACCCCUGCAAUAAUGGCUAAUGUUGCCGAGAACUCAGUGCUGUUUGCUGCUUAUGGAUACUGUCAAAAAAUUGUUUGUCGUGUAACAGAGACAGAGAGUGUAGAUCAACUAUCAACACUGGGUAAUGCAUCAGCUGGUUUUUUGGCAGCAUUCUUUUCUUCCUUCACUCUCUGCCCCACAGAAUUAAUAAAGUGUCAACUGCAAGCCAUGCGAGAAGUUAAUGUCCAAGGGCCACAAACUGCUGUCAAAGUGACGCCUUUCCAACUGACGCAACAAAUAUUUAGACAGUACGGCAUACAAGGGUUAUUUCGCGGCCUGGUUCCCACAAUUAUGAGAGAAAUGCCAGGAUAUUUUUUUUUCUUUGGAGGAUAUGAAGGUACCCGAGAAUUACUUACAAAACCAGGCCAGUCUAAAGACGACAUCGGCUUCAUACGUACAAUGAUAGCAGGAGCGGUCGGGGGGCUUGUUCUUUGGACUGUCAUAUUCCCGACAGACGUCAUCAAAUCUCGCGUUCAAAUAUCCAACAGGAAACAAAAGUUCCUUAAUGUUGGCUACGAAAUUAUUAAGAAAGAAGGUGUCCUGGCGUUGUAUAACGGACUCAAACCAACAUUAGUGAGGACCAUUCCGGCUACUGCGGCGCUAUUCGUCGUGUAUGAAUAUUCUAAGAAAUGGAUGCAUCAAUCUUUCGGCGACUGAUUUAAAAUAUUAGGGACUCGAUACACAAGAAAGAGACCAUGAAUAAAGACUGCAGGGAAAUGUUGUAGAAAUAAGAGGGUCAAUUUUCUCUGUAGGCGAUUAUUGUAGUGUGAUAACUAAAACUAAAAUUUUAGAUUUGACAUCGGAUACAAUUACAUUUUAUACGUAUGUACUUCUUAAGGUCCUUUUGGUAACUAGACGAAUAUUUUUUUACGCAAAGCUUUUCAGUAGAAAGAGGCUUUUCCAUUUCUUCUGUAUUAAAGUCCCUAAAACAAUUUCUGUAAAGUUGUGAUAGUAAAUUCCAGACCAAAAUUAACUUUAAGUAACUGUAGUUAUUAGAUAUUGACUAAUAUAUAUCGUUAC